AUGGGUUUGAGUCUUUCCCUCUGAACUCUUCCUGUCCCAGUAGCUUACUUUUGCGUUUCCCUAUCAAGUGUUCCUCCUCCCUCUCUCUCUCUCUCUCUCUCUCUCUCUCUCUCUCUCUCUCUCUAUCUCUCUCUCUCUCUCUCCGCAAUCCUUCGUUCAUUUUGGCUCUGAGCUCUUCCUACCAGCUGAAAGUCUUCCUGAGUUUCUCUUGAGACGCAACUGAACUCACAGACGGAUCUCGUUGAUGGCUCCGAAAAGGAAGAGAACAUCAGGAACAACCUACCAGGUCUUCCUGAGCUUCAGAGGACCCGACACCCGUCAGGGUUUCACUGAUGUCCUGUAUUGGGCUCUCACAGAGGCAGGAAUUCGUGUCUUCAGAGACAAUGAGGAUAUACGGGAUGGCGAGGAUAUUGGUGAAGAAAUCCUGACGGCCAUCGAGGAAUCCAGGAUCUUCGUGCCAAUCUUCUCCACCAACUAUGCUUCCAGUAAGUGGUGCCUGAUCGAACUCGCCAAGAUGUUCAAGUCCAAGGAGGCAUCGAUUGGGAAGAAGACCAUUCUGCCCAUUUUCUAUGACGUGGGAGUCGAUGAUGUCAUGCUUAAGACAAAGUUGUACACUAGAGCCCUGUCGAAACACAGGAAGAAUUUCAGUACCGACAUAGUGCACCAGUGGAAGGAGGCUCUUCGAGACGCUGGAAAAAUCAAGGGAUGGGAACUGAAGGAUACAGGCUAUGGAGAAUUUGCUAGGUCCUUUGCCAGAGUGGUUUCCAUGAAGUUGAAGGUGAAACAUAAAUGUGUGACGGACUAUCUAGUUCAAAGGGAUGAUCAAGUGGAAGCUCUCAUGGAGCUUUUAGAUAUUGAAUCAUCUGACGUACGUUUUGUUGGGAUCCAUGGGAUGGGCGGUAUUGGGAAAACUACUCUAGCCAAGCUUGUCUUCAAUAAGCUCUGCGAUCGUUUUGAUAGUUGUAGCUUCCUUGCUGAUGUUCGAGAAUCAAGCCGGCAGCAUAAGGGUAUUGAACUUUUGCAGAAAAAACUGUUGGGCGAUCUUGGUCUCCGAUUAGGGGAAAUUAUGGAUGUGGAUGAUGGGAUCAUAAGGAUGAGAGAAAGACUUGCCCAUAAGAAAGUUCUAAUUGUUCUUGAUGAUGUAGAUCACAGUAAUCAGAUCCAGAAUCUAGCAGGGGAUGCUAGUUGGUUCGGUUCUGGAAGCAGAAUUCUUAUCACUACUCGGGACCAGAGUGUUCUAGAGAUCAGACGGCAGAGAGUUCACAUUUUGGAAGUGGAGAAAAUGAAUCCUGAAGAAGCUCUUCGACUUUUCAGCUUGCAUGCCUUUGACAAGGACUCCCCUCCGAACCGCUACCUCACACUCACACAGAAGGCUGUUGCAAGUAGCGGCCGACUUCCUUUGGCUUUGAAGCUCAUAGGUUUGCUUCUUCGGGACAAGCGUCGUAAAGAAUGGGUUGACACAAUCAAGAGGUUGGAGAGGAUACUUCACCCAGAUGUCCAACAAAUCCUUGCUGUUGUUUGAUGUCUUGUUAGGCAAUGUAAUAUCCCAAAUAUUUUUUCAGUGCACUAAUAUCUUGAAGUUUUACGUGCACGGAUUAGAAUAGGACUUCUCUUUUU